AAAAAAGUAAGGUUGUUCCAGAAGAACCGCUCAGUGAAAAUGAUGUUUUUUGUGAAGAAUUUGUUAACAGAAAUCCAAGAAAUCUGGAACAGAUGUUUCUUGCACGUAAACCUUCAGGAUAUGGGCUUGAAAUGAUAAACAAAUCCUAUUGGCAUAAGUUGGAAUUAAAGAAAUCUAGUCGUUAUGUAACAGGUAAUGUAGUUCAUAACAGUGGAGAGAUUAUUAUCUCAGCUUCAUCAAAAGAAUGGGGAAUUAGUAAACAAUUGUAUAGUAAUACAGAUUUGUGUGCUGUAGAAAAUAUAGGAAGAGUAUUAGCUCAGAGAUGUCUAGAAAGUGGAAUUCUUUUUGUUUAUUGUGAUUUUACUGAAGAAGAAUUAGCAUCUAAUAGAAUAAAAAUAUUUCUGAAAGCAUUAGAAGAAGGUGGUGUGACAUUGAGUGAACCAGAUCAAAUUAAACCUAGACAACAUCCAGAUCUAUGAUUAUUAUUUAAAUGAUUUUCAAACAUUAUGUAAAUAAAAUUUUAUUCUAAAUCUUUGUGAGAAAUAUUUU